CGAUUACGUGGGUGACAACCCGUGUUGCAGAGCCGACAUCCGCCGGUGCACCGAAAGCUACACGUCCCCACGCGCACAACAACCUGCGCGGACAUACACCGAGCUGCGCGUGAGCGUGUUACACCCCGCUGACAUGUCAACGCCUCCGCGGUUCGACGGGUUGAGCUCUGUGGGGCUAGCCGUAGCUAGCUAGGCUAGGUGGCUAAAUGGAGCCAGUGAGAAGAAGAACGAGAUCUCACGUCAGAAGACCAUCACAACUUUGCUGAUGGUGACGCUUCGCCGCGGUCAAGCACAGGACUGCAACCGGCCGGCUUCAAGCGGCGAGUCAAGAAGUUGUGGGUGAUAUUGCUUCUGGACUGAUGCUCUUCCUCCAGCAUCUGGACUGAACCUCAGCUGAUCCGGCAGUCUCUUUUCUCCCGUUGCUGCCAUGUCCAGGCGCAGCAGGAACAGCCGCGCAUGGAGGUAUGUCUGGGGCGGGAUGCGAAGGGAUGCUGACGAAUGGAGCCAUGGCCGCUCCGAGUUCAGCGAUUCGGACUCCGAGGCAGACUUUUCAGCAGUGGUGGUCCCCCCGGUCCCCAGUGCAGUGCCCGUCACCGGAGAGUCCUACUGUGGCUGCGACGCUCAGGCGGAGAACAGCUACAACCCUCGCCUGCGAGGUUUCCACCAAGUCAAAGACUGCCACUGUGGCGAAGACGACCAAGAGUUCGACUGGGUUUGGGACGGCAACGGUGGAUCGACGGCGACGUUGCUGAGCUGCGAGGACCGAAAAGUGAGCUUCCACUCGGAUUACAGCUGUGGCACGGCAGCGAUCCGUGGCUCCAGAGAGCUGGCUGAAGGGCAGCACUUCUGGGAGAUCAAGAUGACGUCCCCAGUGUAUGGAACCGACAUGAUGGUCGGCAUCGGUACUUUUGAUGUCAAUCUAGACAAAUACAGACACUCGUUCUGCAGCCUGUUGGGAAAAGAUGCAGACAGCUGGGGUCUUUCCUACACUGGCUUACUGCAUCACAAAGGAGACAAAAUGAACUUCUCCUCGCGGUUCGGACAGGGCUCCAUCAUCGGGAUCCACCUGGACACGUGGCACGGCACACUCACUUUCUUCAAAAAUCGCAAGUGUAUAGGGGUUGCUUCCGCGGAGCUGCAGAAUAAGAAGUUCUACCCGAUGGCGUGCUCCACAGCGGCGAAGAGCAGCAUGAAGGUGAUCCGAUCCUGCUCCGCCAGCACCUCCCUGCUGUACCUCUGCUGCGCUCGCAUUCGCCAGCUGAUGCCCGACUGUAUGGACACGCUGGACGUGCUGCCGCUGCCACCAGGCCUUCGCCAGUUGCUCCACAACAAGCUGGGCUGGGUGCUCAGUCUCAACAGUGGCAGCAGAGAGGAAGCCGCCGAGGGGCCCUCCCGCUCGCCCGCGCCCCCCUCGGCUAGACCGUCCUCCUCUGAGAGCGACUCGGAGGGUUGCACAACUGACCUCGAAGCGUGUCGGAGGAAGAGAUGCCGCUGGACGUGAGUGCCCAGCUGGAGCCCCCCCUCCCCACGCCCCCCCCCCCCUCUCUUAAACACUGGCAGAUCACUGGAUGUCCUCUGGCGUCUGAUCUAGUGUUUCCGAUAAAGAUAAUAGCAGGAUCAGAGUGGUGCGUAAGUGGGAAAUUGUGGCAGGCAGUAUUUCUGCCUACAUGCUUUACUGUGAUCUCCGAUGCCAUUCAGAUAACUCGUCAUACUUUCCGUAUCCAAACCAGCUUCAGUAAUGAGUCACACAUGUGCGGUGUUAAUAAUGUUAGUGACCGUAAUUUGUUGCCAUUCGUGUAGAGCGAUUAGUGGAGUUCUGCAGGAACGGACUGUGCAGCGUAACACUGAAGUCAGGUUUGGCCAAAUUUUGAUCUUCAUCCUGAUACAUUUGCAAAAAGGAGAGAAUGUAUAUUUUAGGGAUGUACUGAUACUGCAAUUGGGCCGAAAUUGAUUUGAUUUCUGCACCCUGUAGCUGGCUUAGGAUAUAUUAUUUUAUUAAUAUAUAACAUUUAUGUUUAUUUGUUUCAAAAAGUUAGCAGAGCAAUGUUUCCAUUUACUUCAACACACCGAGGCAUACAUCGUAUUAAUUAAACACCGGUAACGGUUCUCUGUAUCAACUUCGAGGUAUCAAUAUCUGUAUUGGGACUCAAAACAUUGGUGCAUCCGUUUAAAUAUUUUUCAACCUGUAUGCACAUAAUGUGUGUUGGUCUCACCUCAAUGCUAUUGAUGCAUUGUCCUAGUUAUAUGUUACAUGUUUUACUUGCAUCUGCAAUUUUCUGGUGAGUUGCCAAAGUGAGAGACUUUCCAAUAAGUGAAGCGAAUAGGAAGAGAGACACGCCAUAGAUCAAAGAGUAUUCUUCAUUCCUUAUGGAAAUGUUACAGCUCUAAGACAAACUCUUUUUAAAUAAAAAUGUUUAGGACUCACAAAAAAUAGAUGGUUUUAACCUGAAUGUAUUUUGCACCUGUUAGUGCUCCUAAAACAAAACUAUUUCGUCAUCUCCAAAAGUAAUAAAUAACCUUUGGGUUCUUAUUUUGUAAGAAAUUUGAGAGAAAAAAAAUCUUGACACUUCUGGCACCAUCCAUUCGUCACCAGGUUUUGAAAUCCUAUGUCACUUGUUUGUAGAAACUAUGGUUUUGCUUUUUUCAAAAGAUAUUGCUCGGAAAUCCUUGUUCUAAAAUGAAGCUCUUUUAAAUCUGACUAUGAAACUAGUAUGCCACUCGGAGAAAACUGAUGCACAUGUAAAGUUACUUUAAAUCAUUGUUAUAUUUUACUGUAUAGAGCUUUUUAAAAAGUUAGGUUCUUUUUGAUUUUUAAAAUUAUUAUUUUUUUAACUGAUCUGUUCAUGCAAGUGUGUUGUUUUGCUUCCCCAAGGCCUUUACCUAUCACUUCCUGUGCCUAAUGGUACUUUAAUCAUUUCAGUGUCAAACACUCGCCUUGUUGGACUAAUAGCUGGCUUUAAAAAGUUCCUUGUUUCAUACAAAUUAGAUUCCAAUGAUGAAAAGUUGUCAGCAGAAAGUGAGUUUCAGUAGAAGCUUCUCCCGCCGCUCCUGGAGAAUAACAAUGACUCUUAUUUGGAGAGUAACGUGCCCAGGUGCUGGAGAUGUGCGGUCUUCCCACUGCUGCCUGAGUCACUCCUCAAGGGUCUUGGUUCAAGUAGACAGGCACAAACAUUCAUUGUACUAUGCAAUACAAACAUUGUAUUUGAUAAUGGUUUUCAGAAGCAAUGUGUAUUUUAAGAUGCGACAACAACAGUGGUGAAGGUACCAGAGGACCGCGGUCAUCAGUCAUGAGUAGUGUGACGUGACACACAUAAACCUGUCCAGUUAUGUAAUGUUUUAUCAGAUCAUCUCUAUAGAUCUAGUAAUGUAAAUUAGUCUAAGUUAGCAGAUGUAUUUUUGUCUUCUUUCCCAGGAUCUUUCUUCACAUUGAUGCAUCCAAGCACUUUUCUUACUGUUUUACUGUAAAUAGGAAAAUUCUAAGUGUUUCUUCCAUACCGUGUCAUAUUAAUAAUACUGUAUGUGAUGGCCUUUACUUGCCUUUUUCUGUAUAACUUAUCAGCAUGAUUUACAGCUGAAAAUAUAUGGGUGUGUUAUCAUUUAGCAAAAAAACCCCGGCAAGAUUCCAUUUUUUAACUUCAAAUAAAAUGCUCUUCAGUCUUCA